GAUAUUUGGAAAGAGACAAUGACAGAUCUAAGGCGAUGUUUAUGUGUUAUUCUGUGCUUCACGAUGGAUAUUCCUAAGAAAGUCCUGUGCUUUCCCCAAAAUGAAAGAAAAAUAUGUUUGGAACAAGCUUUACAAGUGCAUGCAACGAUGCCCGACCAAAACUGUCCUCUACCGGAUAUAUCAAAUAGACACAAAGGUAACAAUACAUGUUCGGUGUCAUGCAAAGCAAUAUAUGUAUUCAAUGAUGAUCUAUUUGAGCAAUCUCAUUGUGUUGAAUACAAAAUCAAUUUUCACUAUAAUGAAACGAAAUCAACGCAGAUGACAGACAGUCUAUGUGGUAUUGAAAAGUGCAUAAUCGAAAACAUAAUCAUUGAAUGUUGGACGCAGGGCAAGAAUACAGACCGUCUCGAUAUAUUCGAACACAACAACGAGAAUGAAAAUGAAUGUCUUGGUCCAGGUAUAAUUGCUGUCCUAAUUGUGACCUGCUUCGUUGUCGGGUGUCUCUUUGGAAUUGGAAUCCUACGUGUGAUUUACAACCUCCUGAAUCGGCACAAAGACAAUCGAUUCCCGUCACCAGUAUCCUAUCAGCCUAGUCACCAAGAGAGAAGUGGUUUACCUGAGGGCAGAGUCAUCAUCAAUCCAUUAGAGGCAGAAUAUGCUGGUGAUGAAUAAAGCUAUUCAAGUUCCUUCUUACAAAGAUGAUAGUUCAUCGAGUUCUAGAUCAUGAGAAAACAUUUACCACCACCUAGGUGGAUUGGAAGAGAGGAAGAGUAUGGGCAUGGAUGUAAGUGUGUUUUUGUCCAGCGAUGUCCUAGCAUACAGCUGUAAACUCGAGAGAAAGGAGAGCGAACUUCAAAGUGGCAGCUCAUUUGGGAAAUUCGUUAUCAUCCAUUCAGGAAAUCCUUCUUUAGAUUCAUUUUUAUUUCAUGCAGAGAGUUCUUCUAUAAAGUCAAAGGACCGGACGAAAACUUCGCCAACAGGUAGUGCAGGAAGUGAUAAAUACUAUGCAUUGGGAAAAGAAUAUUUAUUAAUACAAAACGAUAAUGGUUGUAGCUGAAGGUUCAAACAUUAUGAUUUAUACGUAGCUUUAGAUAUGUGCAGUAAAAUGUCAUAAAUCCUG